AUCCUGGUUUAAACCAUGUACACUUCAAGCUUCCUGUGUGCCUUCAGCCUCCUGGCUGCUCUGCAGCUACCUGGCUCUAUGGCGGAUAAUCAAGUACCGGUAAGUGAUACACAAUCAAUUGAUCAGCAAGAGAUCCUGGACAAGCAUAACGAUCUAAGAAGGGCAGUUACCCCUACCGCUAGCAACAUGUUGAAAAUGACCUGGAACAACGAAGCUGCCGUCACUGCUCAAAAGUGGGCCAAAACCUGCCCCAUGCAACACAGCUCAUACCUCUUCAGAAAGAUCAAUGCUACCUCUUGUGGAGAGAAUCUGUUCAUGUCCAGCCACAAUCUAACCUGGAGCAAAGUCAUCGAUUCCUGGUACAGCGAGGUGAAAGACUGGGAAUUCGGAUCUGGAGCGAUCAAUGAUGGAGUGGUUGGACACUUUACACAGGUUGUUUGGUACAGGUCUCAUGAACUUGGCUGUGGUUUGGCCUACUGUCCAGACUCUAGAUUUAAGUACUUCUACGUCUGCCACUACUGCCCAGCUGGAAACUACGAUUUAGCUCGCCCCUACAAGACUGGAAAAAGCUGCGCAGAAUGCCCCGACAACUGUGACAACGGACUGUGCACCAAUCCAUGUCCACACAAUGACAGGUUUGUGAACUGUCGUGUGUUCAAAGUGUAUUGCGAGGUGUUCAAUAUUGUUAAAGAGUACUGUGGUGCCACGUGCAAGUGCAAAACUGAGAUUGUUUAA